GUUAUCUCUGGUUACUUUUUCUUUGGUGUUCUUGCAAAUGACCGAACAGGCCGCUUUUGUCGAUUCCAGUCUGGCGAUUCUCUAUGCCUCGCAGACGGGCAAUGCUGAGUCAAUUUCCUACAACAUUUACGAGGAGGCCGUGAAGCGCGGCUACGCAGCGACGUGGCACGUGCUGGACGACCACGAAAAGCUUGGGUUCAAUUCGCUCCGGACGGUGGUCUUUGUGGUCUCGACGACAGGCGACGGCGAUCCGCCCGACAACUCGACCAAGUUCUGGCGAGUCCUGCGCAAGACCACACGCAGCAACAAGACCGCCUACACGCACCUGCGGUACGCGAUUCUGGGGCUGGGCGACACCAACUACUCCAAUUUCUGCAACACAGCGCAGCGGCUGGACAAGCAGCUGCAGGCCGCAGGCGCCCAUGCAUUCUACCCCAAGGGGCUGGCUGAUGACGGGACUGGGCUUGAGGAGACAGUGGAGCCGUGGAUCGACGGCCUAUGGGCAGUGCUGCCGGCAGUGGUCCAGCGGGAGACAGAGGGCGUGGACGAGGCGACCGAGGCGAUUGAGCGCAUGGCCAUCGAGCCAGCGAAUGAUGUGUCGCAGCAGCUUGUGCUAGACUUUACCAUGCUGGCAGAUCUCAAGGCUAUCACUGGCGCACCGCGCGCCCCAGCCGCACUGUGCAGGAUUGCGCAUUCCGAGGAUCUGGCACGGGGCAGCCUGCCACCAGACCUCGUGUGCCCCCCAUGGCUUGCAGCACAGACAGGCGAGGGGGCGCCGUUUGCGGCUCGGAUCGCAAGUGCCCAGCUGAUCACCAGUCCUGAGGCUCUGAAGCGCACCUGGCUGAUGGAUCUGGAUCUGGAUGGGCAUGCUCAUGGCCAGUGGCAGGCAGGCGAUGCAUUCAAUGUGUAUGCGCCCAACAGCGCCGAGCUGGUUGCCGCUUUGCUGGCUCGACUCGGCGUCAGUGCCGAGGAGGCUGCGCGGCUGGCACUGGUGGAGCCGGUGGACCCGAAGCUCGCGCUGCCUGCGCACCUGCAGCGGUUCACUGCCGAGCCCGUAUCGAUCUGCGACCUGCUGACGUGGGCUGUGGAUCUGUCGGCGGCACCGCGCAAGCAGACCCUGCGGGCUCUGGCAGACUGCUGCGCGGAGACAGCAGACCGCGACCGGCUGCUGUUCCUGAGCAGCCGCCAGGGCGUGCAGACCUUCAAUGAGCUGCGGCGCCAGGCGCCCACAGUUCUGGAUAUCCUGCAUGCAUUCGCGUCGUGCAGCGUGACUGCGGGUCGCCUGGUUGAAAUCCUGCCGGCCCUGCAGCCGCGGUCGUAUUCGAUCUGCAGCGCGCCCAAGGACGAGCGCUGGCGCUUUGCCUUCAAUGUCGUUGAGUAUUCGCUCGAGGUCGUGGAUCCGUUCUCCACCGCUGAGGACUCGAGCACGUCGCUGGCCCCUGCCAAAAUCAACCGCAAGGGCAUCUGCACGCCCUGGUUGGAGGAGCUGGCAAAGAAGGACAAGAGAAUCUUGGUUGCACUGCGGCCCAACAUCAAUGGCUUCAGGCUGCCCGAGGCGGAGACACGGCCGGUGAUCAUGGUUGGCCCGGGCACAGGGGUCGCACCGUUCAUCGGGUUCCUGCAACAGCGCGAGCAGGAGAUCCAGGAGGGGAGGCUGGGGGAGAAGCCGUUUGCUUGGCUGUUCUUUGGCUGCCGGCACUACGCCUACGACUAUUUGUUCCAGAGCGAGCUCGAGGACAUGCAUGCGAAGCAGGUGCUGACAAGGCUGUCGACCUGCUUUAGUCGGGAUGCUGGUGCCCGCGAGCGCUUCGGCGUGCCGCGGUACCUGCUGGUGGAGAAGGACGCCAUGGUAUUUGUGUGCGGCGAUGCCAAGGGCAUGGGCAAGGAUGUCAACGAGGCGCUGGCAGAGAUCCUGGUCAGGUACGCAGAGAAGCACCCCGAGGCCGUCGAAAAACUGGUUGAGGCGCCUGCCGAGGAGGGCGGGCUGUCCAAGGUGCAGGCGCUGCAGGUGCUGAUGCUGUGGGCCAAGCAGAAGCGCUACUUGCGCGAUCUCUGGGCUUAGGAACGUUUUCUCACUUUCUAUCCGCCCUUGCCUGUGAGAAUACAACGCUUUUGUUGGGGAAAUGA